UAGUAGAGAGUAAUCGGCAGCGAAUCAGAAGUCGUGUGAACGUAUACACAAAGAAAUCAACAGUCGAAGCUUGUAAUUUUUGUGUUGAUUAGUUUAACGUUAUCGUUAACGUAUUAUUUGUUAAUUUUACAUAUUUAAUCAAAUUUUCAACACAGUACCUAAAUUCAACCAUAUUGCGAAUGUAGUAAUAUUUACAGUAACAGGAACGCAUUGUAGUUGGUUCACGAUGUAAUAGUUUAUUUCAUUGAUUGUAAUUUGAAAAGGCCAUGGUUGUUACGAUCCGUCAUAAAUUUUUCGUAUGUUUUUAAAUUCAAUCUUUGUGUAAUCACAAAAAACAGUUAACAAAGAUGUCUGUGUUCUUUGUAAAUACUAAUCAAGACAGUGAGGUAGAAGGAGAUUCCAAUGGUGAUUUGCAAAUUGCAUCACCAGGCAAUUCUGAGGCUCAACAAUCUUUGACUCAGUUUUGGCCAAAAGUUACUGAGGAAAUCAAGAAGAUCACAACCAUGGACUUGAAAACACAAUCUUUGCCAUUAGCUAGGAUAAAAAAGAUUAUGAAGUUGGAUGGAGAUGUGAAAAUGAUUAGCGCUGAAGCUCCUAUGCUUUUCUCCAAAGCUGCAGAAAUUUUUAUACACGAACUAACUCUCCGAGCAUGGGUACAUACAGAAGACAACAAACGACGUACUCUCCAACGAAACGACAUCGCAAUGGCAAUUACGAAAUAUGAUCAGUUUGAUUUUCUCAUAGACAUAGUACCUAGGGAUGAACUGAAGCAAAGCAAGGCGCAAACUGAAAGUACUGUACGCACAUCUAUGAAUUCGGAUCAAGUGCAUUAUUACUUUCAGUUAGCACAGCAGCAAGCUUCAGCUAAUCAAAAUGUACAGAGUAGUAAUACUGCUGCACAGCCCAUACAAAUCGUGCAACCUUCCGCUGGACAAAUCCAAACAAUCAACAUCGGGAGUCCUGUAGAACAAGAAGCUACCAGCACAAAUACAACGCAAACGGUCACAGUGCAAAGUCCGCAACAGUCAUCAGGUCAACAAAUUAUUCAAUUGCAACAAGCACAACAAUCACCUACUUCUCAAACAAGUGGACUACAAAUCAUACAACAAGUAGUUGCUCCCAGUGGUGAAGUUCAGAAUAUACCAGUGAGUAGUCAAGUUCUGAAUAUAUCAGGAUGUAAUAAAGUUCAGAAUAUACCAAUUCAGCUGACUCCCCAACAACUGCAGAUGAUUCGCAUGCAGGUGCAGGGUGGAGGUAAUCAGCCGAUAAUAAUACAGACCGCUCCAAUUCAAACUCAGCCACAACUUAUACAAGUUGCGCAAGGCGCGCAAGCUCCAGUUUUCAUACAGACCACCAGUGCCGAUACAGAGUAAUAUUUAUAAUCAUAUUUGCUUUAGAAUAAGAUUACGACAUUUAAAAUUAAAGAAAAAAAACUAUUAUAUAGUUUCGAACUAUAAGAUAAGAAAAUGGAUAUUAU